GGUACCCGAACUGAUAAUAAAAGUUUCAGGUCUUGUUGAGGAUCUGGAGUACACACUGUCCGUGAUGUUUGUACCAACCGAUGACGUCUACUAUCUGUACCAAGACAACACCUGGGCUCCUGGAGGGGUUUUUGUAGAGGAACACUCAGCGACUGUCUACUUGCAUCCUAAUGGCAAGAUGACGGGCAGGGAGUGGUCAUCUCACUUCAUCAAGUUCCCAGACCUCCGCCUGACAACUGACCCAAACGCCGUGCCGCCCAAGAUGUUCGUGGAUCAGCGCCGGUACUACCAGACAGUCAUCGUGUUCACCGGCGGGGACGGAACCUGGGUGCUGAAGCUCCCUGAGCUCCGGUUCAUGGCGGUGCCGUCGAUCCACAACCCGCACGUGAAAGAGCUGAAGGCCAGAAGGAGCGAGGAGCCCCCGCCGAAGACGAGACGCGUAUCUCGAAAGGCCGACGGGGCGUCCAGCAGUCGAACCCCCUCGCAGCGAACCCAGCCCCAGGAGGGCCAACACCCUUCGGGGAAGAACAUCCCUACUCCGACACCACAGAGUGACUCCGCAGCUUCUGACGUCUCCUCCCCGAUGCUCGCUCUGUCCGGACGUCAGCCUGCGGGAACCAGCAGCAUCCCGCCCACUUCUUUCGUUCUGACCCCACGUGACGUGCCCCGUGACCUUAGACCUUCUACCUCUGCACAUGCUGUUACUAGCUUCAUCCAGCCACCUCCCCCUGCUAGGGGCCCAAGUGACUUGUUCUGUGACCAUCGACCAGGAAUAGCAACUCUCUCCGCAUAUUGUAGAACCAGCUGCAUUCAGCCACUUCCUCUUGUUAUUGCCUCAAGUGAAGUGUCCUGUGGCCUUGGAGCUCAAACGGCCCCUUUCUCUGCACAAGAUAGGACCAGCUGCAUUCAGCCUGCUUCUGGUCUAGCCUCAAGUGACCAGUCCCGUGAUGUUGAACCUCUAACGGACCCCUUCUCUGCACAUGCAAGAGCCAGUUGCACCAUCUCACCUCCUCGUGUUUCAGGUGACCUGCCCCGUGACCUUGAACCUCCAACGGACCCCUUCGCUGCGCUUGCUAGAACCAGCUGCAUCCCUCCAACUCCUUCUGCUCUUGCCUUAAGUAACGUGUUCCGUGACCCUGAUCCUCGAAUGGACCCUUUUUCUGCACAUAAUAGAGCUAGCUGCAUCCUGCCACCUUUUCCUGCUCUAAUAUCAAGGGACGUGUUUCCUGACUUUGGACCUCAAACAGACCCCCUCGCUGCACAUCCGAGAGCCAGUUGCACCAUGUCACCUCCUGGUGCUUCAGGUGACCUGCCCCGUGACCUUGGACCUCGAGCGGAACCCUUCUUUGUCCAACCCACUGCCGUCACAUCUUACCCAGGAUAUGUCAGCGAGUACGAAAAAUAUUUCAUUGUGUCGUCUACGACGGAUAGUACGGAACACGCCCCACAACUUCCAAGUUUCGGCUUGGAGUACGCGGCUGGCGAAGAGACCCGCAGUUUGGUCGAAGUCCCGGUCGAGAUGGCAGCAUCCAGGGGUCCCACUUCCGAAGAAUCCCAUUCUCAAUUAGCUACCGCUUGCGCGCAUGACGGUGGACCUAGCCACGUCUCCCUUGCAGGAUCAUCCCAAGCUUUCGCUCAACAUCCCGGGGCUUUAGAUCUUGUGGUUUCGGAACUUUGGGACGAAGAGGACUACAUUCCCGAGACCGACCACAAUAAAGAACCAUAGUUCAGGAAUCCAGUUCUCAACACUGAACAUUCUGGAUCUUGAUUGACACUUGUGCUGACGUAUCGUUAACGUGGGACGAAGAUUUGUGUAUCAAACGAACAUUUUUAGUGACCUUCGAUCAUUCUGUAGGGCAUUUCAAUAUAGUUUGUUUUCUUUUUUUAUGUAAGGCGUAUAUGUGCUUGAACUGCGCGUUUUAUGCAUUGGACGAGCUCGCCGCUUGGCAUUGAGAUUUGUGGAAAUGUUUUAGUCAAUAUUCAACAAAUAGUUUCCUGCUUUUAUAUCUAAUGAACUUUGUUUUACUUGUACGCUCCGAACGAUAUCAUUUAGUAAGCCUUUCCUAUAAUCCAACUUUCACUGAUCCAGAGUAACAAAAACAUGUCCAGAGUACACGCAAUGUGGUGUUUAUUUAACAUGAUGGUAAGCCCCGAGAUUGGAAGAGAACAGUAUUAAGACAUGUAAUAAGACAGACGCUUUGUUCACCCUCUCCCCACCCCCUUCCCGUCAUCUAUUAUUUGUCCUCUUACAUUUUCAGUUUAGUUUUCCCGCAGUCUUGGGUUUUACUAUCCUGUACAGAGAAAUAACUGCAGUUGCCACGUAAUACAUAGUUCAUGCUCACUUGAGUUUGCAGUUUUAUCUGUAUAUGGUAUACGUAAACGAAAAUACAAUCAACCUGGAAGCUUAUAUUUAGUUUAAUAUGCAAUAGAGGUUUCAUUUUAAUUGGCUCUUGAGCCUUCUUUCCUGAAUAUAAUCAGUAGGUUUUUUUGUGGUAUGUCUGCAAGUUUUCUCAAUGUUUGUGGCGAGCGCUGCAUUGAUGUCGUUUUCUGUGGGAAAUAUGAUCAAUAUUGAAUAAACUCAUGAUAGUUUACUGU